CUGGCGCUGCUGGUAGCCGUACAAGGUGCAGGGUUUGUAGAGAUUUUUCGUGCCCCUCAUCCAAAAAGCACGCAUUCACCAUCAUCGAGAUUCUCCACAGACCAUUCCUAUACCACCAAAGUUGCCUUCGGCCAGCCAGCCUAAUGCUGACUCAAGAUGCAUAGAUCCAUUGAUUGAUUAGGCUGUAAUAAAAGAAAAAAGAAAAAAAUGAAAAAAAUGGCAGAGCUGCCAAUAGACAAUACUAAAAGACUUUCAAGAUGGUAUUUUGGUGGACUAGCAUCUGCUGGUGCUGCCUGUAUCACUCAUCCAUUAGAUUUAUUGAAGGUUCAUUUGCAAACUCAACAAGAGGGAAAACUUUCAGUAACCAAAAUGACUUUCAAUAUAAUAAAACAACAAGGGGUAUUAGCUUUAUACAAUGGACUAUCGGCUUCUUUACUUAGACAGCUCACGUAUUCCACUGUUAGAUUUGGCGUUUAUGAGGUGGGAAAGCAAGCAAUUGAAUCACCUGGUAAUCCGGCCCCUUUUUAUCAGAAAUUUUUAUUAGCCGGAUUUUCUGGCGCUGUUGGCGGUAUCGUUGGUACUCCAGGUGAUUUAAUUAAUGUGAGAAUGCAAAAUGAUGUCAAGUUACCAGUGGACAAAAGAAGGGGUUAUACAUGGGCUGGAAAUGGAUUAUUACGCAUUUAUAAGGAAGAAGGAUUUAGAAUGUUAUUUAGUGGUUGUUCCAUGGCUACGAGUCGAGCAGUUCUCAUGACAAUGGGACAGUUGAGUUUUUAUGACCAGAUAAAAUUAAGCCUUUUAAAAACUGAUUACUUCAAAGACAAUACGACAACACAUUUUCUGUCCAGCUUACUAGCAGGUGCCAUUGCUACCACUUUGACACAGCCUUUAGAUGUACUGAAAACUCGUGCUAUGAAUGCAAAGCCAGGAGAAUUCAAGAGUAUGAUGCACCUCGUUUUAUACACUGCAAAACUUGGACCUCUUGGGUUCUUCAAGGGAUAUAUUCCAGCCUUUGUCCGACUUGCUCCGCACACAAUUUUAACGUUCCUGUUUCUUGAAAAUUUGCGAUUGAAUUUUGGAUUUUAUCCGCCAACGAAGUAGAUAGUUAUGGAUAAUACAAUUUUUUUAUAAGUGGCCCAAGCUUAUACGCAGCACAAAAGUGUGCUUAAUUUUACUGAUCAAUGAUGAUAGUAAGAUGUGACUGAAUGUUGCUCUGAAUGUUACUCUGAAUGUUGCCAGCAUCAAUUCUUCUUGAACGCUUUUUAUGUAGACUAUGUGUAAUCUUCGUACACAUUCUUCGUACAAAUUCAACUACCGUCGUACAAAAUACAUUUUAAUUUCUUCAAUAAUUCAAAUCAUGUGACGAAUACAUUUAUUUGUAAUAGUCAUUGACGAAUACAUUCCACAAUAUAAUUAUUAUAUAUGCUAAUACACAUAUAUUUUUAUAGUUAUUUUUAAAAAUAUAUAUAAAAAGUUAUAUGUGUACAAAUUUACAGAUUGUACAACUGUAUAAUGUAAGUGUUACGGAAUGAGCGCUUUUAGUCUCAAUUAUAAGAUUGUACAAUUAUUUUAUACAACAUGAGAUUUAUACUUUGUCUUGCGCAGCCAAUGUACAAAUAUAUUUUUAAUAAAAAAUUCAAACAAUAAUGUUAAGUAAACAAAUUGAUAAGAUUUAUAGAAGAAAAGUUAUCACUAUCGGUGAAAUAACAAAUUUUAUUUUUAAGUAGACACACUUGCGGUAAUAGUUAGACUUAAUGUUAAAAAUCAAUGUUAAAAAAUUAAAAACACAUAAAGCACAUUACUUACCCACAAAAAUGCAUAAAAAUAUUUUCAUAAUUUUACAUGGAUUGUAAUAUGUUAUUCUAUAUUGUUACAUUAAAUGCAAAAUGUUUUCUUUUACUUUCAUUCUUUGUAAAUGAUAUAUUUUUACAGCCGAUUAUUUGUU